AUGAGUGGAAUCUUAAAGAGGAAGUUUGAAGAAGUUAGUGGCACCUCACCUUGCUCCUGUAUGUGGGAUUCAGAUGAUGACAUUUCUAGCAGCGAAAGCGCUGACAGUGGAAGCAAUGUCCACCCAUCAGCUUCUAAUCAUUUUGCCCGUGCCUGUGACAGCAUUGCAGCAAUGAGUGGAAUUUUAAAGAGGAAGUUUGAAGAAGUUGAUGGCUCCUCACCUUGCUCCUCUGUACGAGAAUCAGACGAUGACAUUUCUAGCAGUGAAAGCGCUGACAGUGGUGAUAGUGUCAAUCCAUCCACUUCUAAUCAUUUUACCCCUUCUUCGAUCCUGAAGAGAGAGAAGCGGAAGAGAACAAAAAAUGUCCAUUUUAACUGUGUUACUGUGUAUUACUUCACGAGAAGGCAAGGCUUCACCAGUGUUCCCAGCCAAGGGGGAAGCACGCUGGGAAUGUCCACUCGCCACAACAGUGUGCGCCAGUACACGCUUGGAGAGUUCGCGAUGGAGCAGGAGAGGCUUCACCGGGAGAUGCUACGAGAGCACCUAAGAGAGGAAAAACUCAAUUCUCUAAAAUUAAAGAUGACAAAGAACGGUACAGUAGAAUCUGAAGAGGCUAAUACCUUGACACUGGAUGACAUUUCUGACGAUGAUAUUGAUCUGGACAACACUGAAGUAGAUGAGUAUUUCUUUCUACAACCUCUGCCAACAAAAAAGCGAAGGGCGCUGCUACGAGCUUCUGGAGUGAAGAAGAUUGACGUGGAAGAAAAGCAUGAGCUGCGGGCCAUCCGGCUGUCCAGGGAGGAUUGCGGCUGCGACUGCCGAGUGUUUUGUGAUCCAGAGACUUGCACUUGCAGUCUUGCAGGCAUAAAGUGUCAGGUGGAUCGUAUGUCUUUUCCGUGUGGUUGCACUAAAGAAGGGUGUAGCAAUACAGCAGGUAGAAUUGAAUUUAAUCCUAUCCGAGUACGGACUCACUUUUUGCACACAAUAAUGAAACUUGAAUUGGAGAAAAACAGAGAACAACAAGUUCCAUCACUAAAUGGCUGCCACAGUGAGAUAAGUGCACACACUAGUUCUAUGAGUCCAGGAUCCCAUCCGGUUGAAUAUUCAAUUGCAGAAAAUUUUGAGAUUGAAACUGAACCUCAGGCUGCAGUUAUGCAUUCUCAGUCAGCCGAGGACUUGGACUGCCCUGGGGAAGAGGAGGAAGAGGAAGAUGGGAGUAGCUUUUGUAGUGGAGUUACAGAUUCUAGCACUCAGAGUUUAGCCCCUAGUGAAUCAGAUGAUGAUGAAGAGGAAGAGGAAGAUGAGGAAGAUGAUGAGGAAGAAAAAGCAGAUGACUUUGUAGAAAGUAUGGGCUCCCAUGCUGACAUGGUGCCUCUUCCUUCUGUCCUUUGCUACUCUGAUGGAACUGCUGUGCAUGAAAACCAUUCUAAAAAUGCCUCAUACUAUACUAACUCUUCAAAUCUGUAUUACCAAAUAGAGAACCAUGUUGCUGGCACUGCUAACCAGAUUGGUGAGACUUACUCAGAAAGGGAUGCUGUCAAGAAUGGUAGUCUUUCUCUGGUGCCUUACAGCAUGACUUCAGAACAAUUUGUUGACUACACACGGCAAUCAGAGGAAACUUUUAGCAGCUCUCACUACCCUUCUGCAAACCCCUCAGUGAUUGUUUGCUGCUCAUCUUCUGAAGGUGACAGCAGUGCUCCAUGUAACAGUUUAUACACUGAGCAUAGGCCAAGUCACCCUCAAGUGGAAUUUCACUCAUUCUUGAAAGGUCCUUCUCAAGAUGGAUUUGUUUCAGCUUUGAAUGGUGAGAGUCAUGUACAAGAGCACCCUGCUGAGAAUUCACUAGUCCUCUCAGAAAAGAGUAGACUUCAUGAAGAGCGCAUCAAAUCACCAGUGGUAGAAACAGUACCUGUUUAAUAUUAAAAUUAUUCUAAAGACUGACUUCCUGUAAUAAAAUGCACUCAAAUUGGAUUUCCUAGAAUCUUACUUUUUUUUUUUUUUAAGAGAUAGACAACACUUGGGCUAUAGUCAAUGUUCCAGACACAUUUUCAAGCUACAUUGCCAGUGGCACUGCACAGAAUCAGUUCAUGUAAAGAUUAAAAAAAAAAAAAGCAAACCAACAUCAGAUCGUCUUUUGAUGAAAGUAAAACGCGUAAGUAAAAAAACCACUCCUCACAUAUUUCAAAGUAGCCUACCUGUCAAAUAUGUGAAACCUGCCAAGCUAUCUGAAUCAAAGCUUCAUGUUUUUGAUUGUCGGGCCUGUGCAAGAUUGUUAAAAAUGAUAGUUUGAAAUAAUCACGUUUAAAGUCCUAAUGUUCAACAUAUUUGAAAAAAAGGUAACUUUAAUGUAAAAGUAAUUACUGUACAAAAAAGUUUUAAUUGUUCUGUACCUGUAUGUAUUUUAUUUAUGGUAGUUUAGUAUUCACAUUUCGAUAAAAAUGAACAGCAUGUUCAUUUGAACAGAAGCUCCAUAGCUAGUGAGAAAGAGCAUGACCAAUUUUCAUCUGGAGUACCAUGUAUUUUUUAAAUACCAUUUCUGAUAAAUUAACUUACUUAAAAUGCAUUUUUAGAGUACUAUUUUCUCUUUUUACUGUUCUUGACCAACAGAAGAGUCAGAAAGGGGGCAUGUAUAUCUUUUAGAAAAGUGAAAGGUAGACAAUCCUCCAUCAAAAUUAAAAUCAGUGGUAUUUCCAGAACUAGCACCCCUUCCCAAAGAAAAAUGAUCUUGUAUAUAAUGGCAAAGCAGUAACUUAAGCUUGCACAGCACCUUUUAGCCCAACAAACAUUCAGAUACUUACUUAUGCACUUUAGUGCCAUUUUGCAGUAGUGUUUCAACUGCAGAAACUGUGAACUAUUUUGGAGAACCGCCAUAGCUCCAGACUCUGAGGUGUAUGUAAGAUCUUAAAAUCCAUCGUAGCAAAACUUGGAUGUUUUCCCAAGCCAGUAUUUGAAUAAGUUAGUCAGUAAAUAGUAAAAAAACAAACAAACAAAAAAAAAAACAAACACCACAGAAAAACCCCCCACAAAAA